AGGAAUGAGAGACCGGCGAAUGCACAGGUGCUUUCUGUGGCGCGGCAUUUACACGACACACGCGACGCGAGCCACGCGCUCUCCCGGGACUUUCGCGAAAACCGCGAAUCCGCACGAAAAAUAAGCGCGUUCCGUUUUCAAAUUAUUAUUUUUUGUAUUUUUUUUAAUGGAUGAGUGUUUUUCAGUAAUUAAUAGUGUAACCAAUUAACCAUUUAAAAUGUGUUAUUAAUUUGCUAGGACAACCAGAACAAUGCGGUAUUGUAAUAUUUGAAAAGUUCACACGCGGCGCUCGAGUCUGGAUCGCAGCGACCAUGACACCUACAAGAAAGUAUUAAGAAGCGGAGUGAGCGAUGCGAUUGGUCGAAUGGCCGGGCGCGAGCGGGGGCUAGCAUGCUGCCGCUGGUGCUGCUGGCGCUAGCGAGCGCGGUCGGCGCCAGCGUGAACGAGCUAGCGCGCCGGGACACUGGCGACGUGUUCUCGAUCACUGGUGUAGAAUGCGGACCCGCACAAUGCGCAGAGCACGGCGCGCGCGUCGCCGACGUGGCGUGCACUUGCGCGUGCCCGCACCGAGCGCCGCUCUUCAGGGAGGACCGGGAACUGUGUGUCGACGACUUGCCAGAAUGUUCGCUGGCGAGCUUCGGGACGGGCGUGGGCGUGCAGCGGAUACCGUUCGUGUAUCUGCCGCUGAAAGGACAAAUCAUUCAUCCGUCGAGGGAUAUUACGUUUCAAGGUGUCAAGACUCCUAUAUGCGCAGUGUCUGGUGCUCAGUUCCUAACUCCAAAAGGCUUCGUAGAUCUUCGCAACACGCUUGACGCAGACGUACCUUUCAGUCUUUUUCGCGAUGAGGGACGGACUUUUCUACAGUGGAGCGGUGAGGACGACGUGCGAGCGAGCAUGUCGGGCCGAAUGAUGGUGGUGCGCCUGCUGUGCCGAGAUGUUGCCGCAGCUCCCGCCUCCCCUCUCGACUUGAGGGGUGUUUUCACGCCGUGCGUCGCUUUCAGGGUGCAAGGGACCGCUCCUAAACCACUCUCAAAUGUAACUGAAGUCCAAUUUGCUCCAAACGCGCAGACAUCACAAGCAACCACCACCUCAGGACUAACUGUCACAGAAUAUGUUGCGAUCGGCAUCAGCUCUCUCCUUCUCGGUCUAAUCUAUAUUGCAUCAGUCUUCCUUUACCUACACAUACGGAAAAGAAAGAAAGGUUCUGAAGCAACCGAAGCGAGCUCGAGACGAUUGAAAAGUUUGAAGAAUAAAAAUGGUUCUAUCAUAACUGAACGCGACAUAGUUCGAAUCAACAAUGAAAGAGUACAGUCCAUACCGACUUCUUUGGAUACGGAUGAUGGUGUAGUCAAAAAUAAUCCAUUGAUAGGAAUGAGUAGAUCGUUUCAUCAGAUCAAGCAUAGCUUUCCAAGUGAUUCUGGUAGUACCAUGUCUGAUUCGGAAGACUUUGCUGAGAGUAGCGUUAGAAGCGAAGAUCAUACUUUCAACGAUCAGACGUCAGCUCUUAUACAUUCCCACUAUUCAGAAGUCAAGAUUAGAAAUAGUUGCUCCGACGUAACUCACCGAGAUGAGUCGGGAAUUGAACGCCUUCCAGACGAACAUGUAUCCAUCGUGGAAACAACUGACGACCGGGAAAUAGCACGGCCAGUCGGCACUACGAGAAGAAAGCUAUACUUCAAUCCGGCUUAUUUUGAACCACACCUCAUGGCGGAGCCACCACCUGCUGCGUUAGAAUUCCUGACUAAAAUUAGAGAAGUCAUCUCAGUCGCUAAACAUAAAAUGGCAGCAAAAAGAUUCCAGCCAGUUCUAAAUGAGAUACCAGAAGAAGAGACCUAUCCCUCUCAUGGAAACAGUUUAGACAUAUACCAAGGCCUAGGCAGUCAGAGAAGUGAAAGCGUUGUCAGCCUUAAGAGGGAAAAUAGUAGAAAAAGGUCUAUAAAUUGCGUAGGAUGUCCAGGUUGUAAAACGGAAAAUGGCAGCGAAGUACAUAAUUUUAUAAAAUAUAACAUACCUGCCUGCUCAAGCUGCCUAAGUAGUAAAGGAGACAAGCAAAACAGCAUUCGCAAGUGGCUAGAAAACAUUCCUACUGGAAAACAAUCGUUCUAUAAUGAUUUUCAACCAGCAAGCCAGAAUGGUCUAGUCAACUCUCUUUUAUCUCUUCCAAGUGCGGAAACAAAUAGUAAAUUAAGAAAACAAAACAGUUUUACAGCGUCUAAUCCUAUGAAUUUAACAGAAAACAUUACAAAAAUUAAAAAAACAUCAACUAUGUCUGUGAGAUCUGAACCACCAUUGAGAACAUAUAGCUAUAAUCUACCUUUACCUGAAUUUGACAAAAUUACACAUAAUAACAACAGGAGCUAUUAUGGACAGACUAUUUCCAGAAUAGAUGAUAUCAGACCAAUUGGGUUGUGCGACUAUCGUACCAGGAGUCUAAGGAGUAACCCUAUCACUAAUCAACACAAAAAUAAGUUUAUAACCAAUAAGAAUUCUCUACCUGAUAUGGUAAAUGAAGCUAUAGCUCUUGAAAACUGUAGCAAAUCCUACAACCACAACAGUUCUGACGAAGAAAGAGUCGGUCAGGAAAUUAAGAACACUGCUAGAAAGAACUCUGAAAGCCCACCCAUUAAUGACUAUGAAACUGAUAGUUUAGAGAGAACAUCUACCAAAAAGGGGCUGGCAACUCCACCUGAAUACCCUGACGUGCCGUCUUCUCAAGCUAGUCCAAGCUUGAGCAAUGCUUUACCAUUAGAAGAAGAACUUACAAUGACUAAUGCAGUUUAUAAGACGCAUUCGAGAAGCAACAGCAACACUCCAUCCCCACAAAGAGAUGUAUGCAUCGAACAAAAUCAUUAUGAAAUAAUAGAGUCCAAGAAAGUAAUAAACAACGUCAGUAACAUAGAAACUAACAACAACAGCUAUAGUUUAGUAAGCGAGGUAUAUGUUAACAAUAAUUACAACUUUGGUAGUACUCCUACUUCACCAAGUGGGUCAGAUUGUUCAAUGGGAAGUAGAAAAUUACGUGGCGCAGGAAAUAACUCCGAGGAAAAACCGGGCUGUCUUACGAUUGAAGUUAAAGAUCCUCCUGAAAAUUACAUAAAGAUUCAUGAAUCAGAUGGAUUUGAACCCGAUACAUUGGAUCGCAAACAUCCCAAAUAUAAACAGACAGACGAAAAUAGCCAAUUCAGUAGAAAGGACCUCAUUAAAAACAUUGAUAUCGACGGUAGUCCUGUCAAUCAACGCAGUCAAUUACGGAGCAGCGGGACGUUCAAAAAAUCAGAAGCAAUGGUCAGUGCGUCAAAAUUCAAUAGUUUAAGAAACGAUUGCGAAUCUCGAAAAAAUAUUUAUGAACGCCCUAGACUAUGUCCGGCCACAUUCAAUGAUUCUAAAAGUCUAGAUGAUACAUCGGAAACUUGGGAAGAGGUCGCAGCGGACUGGGCUACAGAAGAAGGCCGUAUCCUUACUCUAGAACUCAGGCACUCGAAGAGGCAACGGCAAUGUACACCGCCAACUGUAAAGCAAGUGAAAAGUCUAGCGAGACCAGAUAUUCUGCCUCCACUUCCACCAACAAAUGACCAUCCAAUAUAUGAACAACCCACCUUUCCACCCCGGAGGGUAGAAAGUGCAAGGUUACCACAAGAAAAUCUAUCAAAAAACUUGAAUGGCAGAAGCCUCAGUCCGAGAACAUUUACGAAGAAUACGACAACUGACAUUAGCUUUAGAAAUGGUAACGUUCGUAAAUCUAGUAUAGGACAUCCUUGCCGUCCAACGAGAGCUUCUGCCCAAAUGCCAUUCUCGGACUACGAAAACAUUGACACUGUCGACGCGUGUGAAGGAGGAGCAAGCCAGGCUGAAGAUUUAUGUAGGAUAUCUAUUAGAAGACGGACAGACGGAAGAUACAGCAGCAAUUCAAUAAACACCAACACAUUUUUGAAAGAACCUAAAGAAACUUCUGGUAAAACUUUUAGGAUGAAACGCAAAAAAGGACAUGUUGAAGACUCAGGAUAUCUCAGCAGUGACUCCGCUGGCUCAAGGCAAGUUCAAAGGAAAUUAGUGAUAGCUAAAAUAGUGAGUUGUAGUGAAAGUGAUGACACUGAAAACGAGGCUAGAAGUGAAUCAGGUGCGGAGAGCGUAGAGACACAUUCGGUGUAUUUCGAUAGCUAUAGAAAGCAAGAAGUAAACGUUGUAGAAAGUGACAAUAAAUUGCUAACGUAUGACAAAUGUGCAAGAAGUAGUGGAAGACGUUUUAAAAACAAUUUUCAAUUAUAACAACACGCAAUAAAUAAUAUUUGUGCAAUAUAAUGUGCAAUAUCAAUUUGUAAGUAAUUAUAAAAUAUAUUUCUAAUUAAAUUUUACUUUUAUGUUUGUAAAAUAUACAAGUACUGAUACACGAUACCUCUCCUCAGAGUUGUUAAUAGUUAUUAUUUAUUUACGUUGCUAAUAAGCAAUAGUAUUUAGGUAGUUAUAAUGUAGAUAAUUAAUUGGCCGGUUGUGCAAUGCAAUAAUAGAAUAAGCUUGUUAUUAUGAUGUUGUAAACAGGGUUCUCAUCUGAUUCCUAUUCUUACUUUUGUGAAAGUAAACACAAGUGUGUGUUUUUCGAAGUGAAACUUUAAAAUAAUGUAUUAUAAGUAGGUAUGUUGGCGCCCAUACAAUUGCCAAUUUAAACUUAUUUCAAGGUAAUUAUUGUAUCAAUCCUGUAUUGGGUGUCAAUCACUGGUGUUUGUGACUAAUUAAUAGAUUUCUUUACAAGUCCAUUUAUAACAAGUUCUUAAAUAACGAGUAUAAAGUCGAUCGUGAUAAAAUAUUAAAGAUUUCACCUUUCUGGCAUUAAAAUAAAUUUAAUACAUAUUUAAUUAUUUAUUGGAAAUAGGUUCGCGCGGGCGCCUUUAAACAAAAGAUUAAUAGUUGCUUAAGGAUAAAAUGUACAGUCAGCAAAAGUAUUAGCUUUGAAACUUUGAACUACAAAAAGCUAAUACUAUUGCUGUCUGUACAAGUGUACAUUACUCGUAGCGCAGGUAGCCAAGCCCGUAAGCUGGCUAUCAAACCAGACCAAUGUGUUUCUAGGAAGUUUUGUAAGGAAGGAAAGCAUAGGCAUAAAUCUGCGAAUAAAAUUCAAAUGCGUGUGUGUGUGUGUGUAUGUGUGUGUAAAGUCCGCAUUAGGCAUGCGUAGCAUGGAUGGGAACAAAAGUCCAAAUCCCUUUGGUAUUAAUGAAAGACCUUUGCCCAGCAGUGGGACAUACAUAGGGUGGUGAUGAUGAAUUUUUAAACUCCAUAGCAUAAUGGAAAUAAUAAUUAAAUACAUAGAUAGAACACAAAGGGCGAUUGCAAUUUUCACCCCGACCGAACAUAGGCGGUAUAUCCUUUGUUGGUGCGCACGAAUGGAUCUUCCCAUCUGUCUCCAAAAUCUCUUUUAUUUGGAAAGCAAACAGAAAUAAGUGAGCAGGAGAUGAGUUUACAAAUACACAUUAAGGACAUUCACUUAUUUCCUUAACAGCUCUCACUAAAACAUGUAAUGGAAAUAUACUACACUUAAACUACUCCGGCCUCUUGGCCCAGUUAAUUGCAGUUUUUCAAAUAAAUUACAGAACAGGUAAAAUUUCAAAGGUACGUUCGAAAUUGCUACAUCACAUGUUCGGAUACAUAGAUAUUACAGGUUACAUGAUAGUUUUUAAUCAAGUUUUAACGAUAUUCACGGUUUUUAAACGAAACAUUUAAUCCGAAAUGUAAUUCGGACUUUUAAACGUUUUCACGCUAUUAUUAUAUAUAAGUUUAGCUAAGCAAUUGAAAGAGUCAGGCAGCUAAUGCUUCCUAGUACCUGACAUAAAUUGGUGCUCCGGAGCGGGAGCCAAUCCUUAAAGGAAUGGAUAGUCCCCUCUGUAGGUUAGAGCACAAUGGGUUUUGGUUAUGUUGUUGGCAACAACUAAUAUUGUUCUUUGAACCUGAUAGGUGUUUAAGGUGCAGUGAGUUCAGGUCCUUCUCCGAACGCAGCUCGCUGAGCACUAAGCGGACCGCCGUGCGUGCCCGCGUUAUUGAAUUGUUAUUUUUAGUUACCUAAAUUGAACAAAAAAAGUAAGUUCAAUCAAAAUUAAUAGUGCGUUUUAGACCUUUAUCAGGUUUCGAAACGAUGAAGUUACUAAAGAAAGGCCUCAAGAUUUAUAUUCUUUGCCAACCGAAUACGGUUUAAUAAAAGCUGUACGAUUUUUCAAAAAACCUGCUGGCUGAACCCACUGCACCUUAAGA